AUGCUCAGAUUCGUAUCCGACCAUGUCGGCGGGAUAGGCACAAAGAGAAAGCAAGGACCGAAGACCCGGUCUCAGCUCUUUCUCGCCCCCGAAUCCUCUGUUCCGCCACGGGAUACCUCCGAGGUCCAGCCGCUGUCCAAGGAUGCAUAUCUACGCUUUGUCGGAGACCUCAGCCCGGAAGCCUCGUUCCUCACCAACCAGCGAAGUGAUGCCCACGAUGCCACGCAGACAUCACGACAUGCCGACGUAGGCGUGUGGUUGGGCCAGAGACCCGGUGCGCGUCAACACCUCUCUACCGGGGAGGGGUCGGCUGAGGGUAACGAUGCCUCCACCACCCGCAACGCGUACGACCCGACCAUCCAGCCAUCCGGCCUCACGGGCCUACAAGCUCUAUCGAGCCACCUACGACAAGAAUGCCUCUCAGUUCUACCACCGGAUCACGACCUCGGCAUCAUCGUGAACCUCUACUACGCCAAGGUGGACCCCCUAUUCCCCGUCAUGCGAGGGGAGGAACUUGCCGGCCACAGCCCGUCCGAGUCCGUCGCCCUCAAGCAGUGCAUCUGCCUAGUGGCAGCAGCUGACCCGAAGCUGCGGAGCCACCUACGUCUGCCAUGCACGGAGCGCCUCCUGCCGCCCAUCGAAUUCCGGAGCUACAUCUCCCGCGCUGUCAAGCAGGCGCUCGACAUGGGCUUUGUCCGUGACAGGGUCGUUCUCCUGCAGGUGUCCGUCCUGAUGGCCUUGAACGCCGACGAGGCCAACUGCAGUGAGGUGUCCGCGUACUACGUCUCCCAGGCCGUGCACCAUGCCCAGACGCUGGGUCUGCACCUCGGCUGGCCCGACGGCGAGACAGGCUCGGAGAAGCCGAGGCGCCUGUUCUGGUGCGUCUGGGUCCUCGACCGCCUGAAUGCUGCGGCAAACGGGCGCCCUGUCCUCCUCCAUCGGCAGGACAUGGAGCUGAAGAUGCUGGAUACCUGCUCGGAGCAGGCGGCGCCGUUCAGGCUGCUCAUCCGAAUAUCGCGCCUUCUGGACACGGUCAUUUCGCGCUACAGGCCUCACUCUGCUGCCGUCGAGGUGGAAGAUGAAGUGGAUGUCACUUUUGAGCAUCUGGUCGGGGAGGCCAAAGCAGGCGGUCUGAGCAGUUCCGUCCUGGCCUCGUUGGAGAUGCUGUACCUCUCCGUCCUGGUCCUCCGGGAACGUCCCAGGCCCACCGAGGGCCAGAAGAGCCAGGGCUAUCCGGCUCCGAGUUCUGACCUGCAGCUCUUCGUCGCGACUAGUAUAGUAUCGAUCGCAUCGGAGGACUUCAAAUCCGCCCUUGCCUUCUGGCCUGUCCUUCCGUAUGCCGUGUCGCUGGCUGCGUCGGUAGCGUACAAGAGUCUCCGGAACAGCACUCUGGCCUACCGCCGCAGGCAGGCGUAUAGCCUGUUCCGUCGAAGCUGCGGCGUCCUCGAAGAACUGGGGAGGACCUUCUCAUCUGCCCGCACCGUCGCGCUCAUGGCAACAGACACCCUGAAUCAGGUCGAGAGGAUCGCAGCGGAUAGGAGCAGGCCGAGGCUUGCGGAGACCUUGAACGGUGGUCAGGGAACCGCCACGGCUCAGGCGUCAGCCGUCCCAUCUCCGACGCAGGGCCAGCAAGAUGAAGAUCAGGACCGGCUUCUGCAGCAGCAGCUCACUGCAGCAGCAUCAACGGCAACGUCGACAUGCCAGCCGUACGUCGACGCCCCCUCGUUGGGCUCCGAUGAGCCACCGAACACUGUCGAAGAUUGGGUGGGCGAUGCCGGCAUAUUCAGCCAUUUCGAUCCCAGCUUCGACCUCGAUCUCAUCGAUCAGGUCUUCUCGGCCAACCUCGACCCGACGCAGCCACUGUUGUCUCAGGGCUGUUACCCCAACAUCACUCAAGGGACAAGGUGA